UCGUGGGGGCGUCUGUUCCCCCAUCGCCAGGAAAAAAAAAAAGGGAAUCUCUCCUUUUCGAUGCUGUGUUGCUCUCCCUCGGCUCUCUCUCGCUUCAUUUACUUGAGAAAUCUCUCGCACUCCGCCUCCCUCCGGCUCUCCAAACCCCUCUCGUCUCUCUCUCAAAGGACCCUCUUCUUCUCCCCUUCGAGGAUCUCUUCUUCUCCUUCGCGGCAUCUCCGUGGGGUCAGCUUCCUUUCUCCUGUUUCUUCUUCGUCGGCGGCGCCUCCCGUGUGCUGUAGAUUCGCUUCCGAGAUGGCCGGCAACUCCUCUCAGGCCACCCAAACCGUCCAUGACUUCACUGUGAAGGAUGCCAGGGGAAAUGAUGUGAACCUCGGCACUUACAAGGGAAAGGUUCUGCUGAUUGUGAAUGUGGCAUCUCAAUGUGGCCUGACUAACUCAAAUUACACAGAACUGACUGCACUGUAUGAGAAGUACAAAGACAAGGGUCUGGAGAUUCUGGCUUUUCCAUGCAAUCAGUUUGGAGCACAAGAACCAGGAAGCAAUGAGCAGAUCCUUGAGUUUGCCUGCACUCGAUUCAAAGCUGAGUACCCAAUUUUUGACAAGGUUGAUGUAAAUGGGGACAAUGCUGCACCUAUCUACAAGUUCCUGAAAUCCAGCAAAGGUGGUCUCUUUGGAGAGAGCAUUAAGUGGAAUUUCUCGAAGUUCUUGGUGGAUAAGGAAGGGCAUGUGGUGGACCGUUAUGCCCCAACUACUUCCCCUCUGAGCAUUGAGAAGGAUGUCAAGAAGCUGCUGGGACUUAACUAAAUUUCACUUGUGUGGAGCCAUUUGCCAGGGUGGUGUUCAAUUUUAGGCUUCGUUUGCAUGCUUAAUGCUUCAGUGAGUAUAAAUAAAACCGUUCAGGUUGUUUGUGUUUGGCUGUGACGCUUGACAAGUGUUUCUGAGUGCGUAGGCGAGAUGAUAUUUGUGUCAUAAGACUGUUGCUUGGGUUCUUUAGUUUAAUAAAUGCACUGUAUUUGAGGAAAAUAUAUGCUUAAUUUAUCCCUUUA